AUGGCAAUGUGGACUGAAACCAAGGGAAAACUGUUUGAAUAUCCUGAUUGUGAGAAAUGUUUCUGUGAUAAUUCCAGCCUCUUGAGACACCAGAGAACUCAUACAGGAGAGAAACCCUUGAAUGUCCUGACCAACACCAAAGGACUCACACAGGAGGAAAAACCCUUUGAAUGUCCUGUUUGUGGGAAAGGUUUUAGUGAGAAUUUCAGCCUGGUGGUACACCAAAGUACUCACACAGGAGAGAAACCCUUCAAAUGCCCUGAUUGUGAGAAAAGUUUCAUUACCAAUUCCAAACUGGUGAAACACCAGAGGACUCACACAGGAGAAAAACCGUUUGAAUGUCUUGAUUGUGGGAAAAGUUUCAGUCAUCAUUCCAAUCUCAUUGCUCACCAGAGGACUCACACAGGAGAGAAAACCCUUUGAAUGUCCCGAUUGUGACAAAAGGUUC